AUGAACGAGGACCAUUCAGAGGGCAUCCUUAAGAGAACAGGCGGAGCAUAUACACUGUUCACCACAGCAGGCAUUCCUAUGGACCGGGUCAUGCCAACCACAAACACUGCAUUUGAGGGAUCCAUGUAUAUUGUGUCCACUGACAUCAGAAGGGGAAUCAAAGACACUAUAACGCGAGAGGCUCCUCAGGCUGUGGCUGCGCAGCGCCCUAUAAUCAGGAAGGUGCAAGUUCCUCCGCCUCCUGAGGGGUCUCUCAUAUUUACGCAGAGAGCAUAUAUAGAGCCGUCGCACCUGCGAUUCUUCAAAGACUACCAGAUUGAAGGAGUGCAGUUCAUGUUUGAAAGGCUGCGCUCUGCAAACGGAGCUCUGCUGGCUGAUGAAAUGGGGCUUGGGAAAACGUUCCAGGCGGUGGCAAUUGCCCGAAUAUUUUGCAGAGCUGGAGGGCUUGUUUUAGUUGUUUCCCCGUGCUCGCUUGUUGGCGUGUGGGAGAAGGAAAUAAACAAGUGGGCUGCGUCUCUGCGGGUGUUUAAUGGCGCUCUGAAGCACCCAAACAAGUAUCGGGGGAUAGAGCACGUUCUUCUGGUCAGCUACGAAAAGCUUGCUACGCUUGAUACAGAGCGGCACAAGUUCCAGCUGGUUAUUUGCGAUGAGGCGCACAGGCUAAGAACAAGCACCUCACAAGCACUGCAGGCGCUUAAGAAAAUGGGCAGCAAAAAGCUUCUGCUAACCGGAACGCCCUUUCAGAACACAGUGCAGGAAUACAAAACACUUUUGGCGCUUGUGGACGGGCGCGCAGAGACUGCAAAGGGGAUCAAAGAGCUGUCAAGCAUUGCAAGCGAUGCGGUUCUCCGAAGAAAAAUAGAGCGAACCAGCCUUAGACUGCCACAGAAGGACGAGAUUAUAUGGAUCAUCCAAAACAAAGAGUACGAGGCGUACAAGUCAUUCUAUAGAAACAUUGCCUCAAGGGGCGGCAUUCAGGACAUCCAGAGGCUGAGGAUCCACACAUGCACCUCUCCCAGCAAGUGGGGUGUUUUUCUUGCGCUUGCCAAAGAUAUACUUCUAGAGAAGCAGUCUCUUGUGAUCAUUUCAAGAUACAUUGAAGUGAUAAAGAAGGUAAAGGAGUCUAUCCAAGGAAUGGCAACGCGCAGGGAAGUCCCAAUCUCGCCAAAAGACGUGUCUGCAUUCCAUGGCGAGAUGAAUAUUGCUCUGAGAGAGGACGCGCUGUCCUCUUUCCAGGCAAAGGGACAGAAAGUGAUUAUUCUCUCUGCAAAGUGUGGAGCAGAAGGUCUUACGCUUGUAAAGUCCACCCGCAUGAUCAUAGUUGAUUCAGACUGGAACCCUGCAAACGAUCUGCAGGCAAUGGCCCGUAUUUGGAGACUUGGGCAGACCAAGCCAGUUAUUAUCCACAGGCUCUUUCUUAUGGGAACAGUUGAGGAGUACAUCCUGCUUGUCCAAAUGAAAAAGAUAGAUCUGCAGAAGAAGCUGGAGGGAGUGCUUCCGCCCGAGGAGAUUGAGGAGCAUCUUUCGCAGUGUGAGGAGCAAAGCGUGUUUGAGCCGCAGACUACAUCUCUUGUCCAUAGGUGGCUUAAGUGUCCUUGCACUGAGGCGUAUCCUCUGGUAUGUGCGGAUGGCUACUCGCACAGGCACACAGACACUGCCCUUAUUCUAUCGCAGAGAAUAAACAGCGAGGAGCAAUAG